AUGGUUGAUCUGGAGAGCGAAGUGCCCCCUCUGCCUCCCAGGUACAGGUUUCGGGAUUUGCUGCUCGGGGACCAAGGAUGGCAGAACGACGACAGGGUGCAAGUUGAAUUUUAUAUGAAUGAAAACACAUUUAAAGAGAGACUAAAGUUAUUUUUUAUCAAAAACCAGAGAUCAAGUCUAAGAAUACGUCUGUUCAAUUUUUCUCUCAAAUUAUUAAGCUGCUUAUUAUACAUAAUCAGAGUGCUACUAGAAAACCCUUCACAAGGAAAUGAAUGGUCUCAUAUCUUUUGGGUGAACAGAAGUCUACCUUUAUGGGGCUUACAGGUUUUAGUGGCAUUGAUAAGUCUCUUUGAAACAAUACUGCUUGGUUAUCUCAGUUAUAAGGGAAACAUCUGGGAACAGAUUUUACGAAUACCCUUCAUCUUGGAAAUAAUUAAUGCAGUUCCCUUCAUUAUCUCAAUAUUCUGGCCUUCCUUAAGAAAUCUAUUUGUCCCAGUUUUUCUAAACUGUUGGCUUGCCAAACAUGCCUUGGAAAAUAUGAUUAAUGAUCUACACAGAGCCAUUCAACGUACACAGUCUGCAAUGUUUAAUCAAGUUUUGAUUUUAAUAUCUACAUUACUAUGCCUUAUCUUCACCUGCAUCUGUGGAAUCCAACAUCUGGAACGGAUAGGAAAGAAGCUGAAUCUCUUUGACUCCCUUUAUUUCUGCAUCGUGACAUUUUCUACUGUGGGCUUUGGGGAUGUCACUCCAGAAACGUGGUCGUCCAAGCUUUUUGUGGUUGCCAUGAUCUGUGUUGCUCUUGUGGUUCUCCCUAUCCAGUUUGAACAGCUGGCCUAUUUGUGGAUGGAGAGACAAAAGUCAGGUGGAAACUAUAGUCGGCACAGAGCUCAAACUGAAAAGCAUGUUGUUCUAUGUGUCAGCUCACUGAAGAUUGAUUUACUCAUGGACUUUUUAAAUGAAUUCUACGCACAUCCAAGACUCCAGGAUUAUUAUGUGGUGAUUUUGUGUCCUACUGAAAUGGAUGUGCAGGUCCGAAGGAUCCUCCAGAUUCCAAUGUGGUCACAAAGAGUUAUCUACCUUCAAGGUUCGGCCCUUAAAGACCAGGAUCUGUUGAGAGCAAAGAUGGAUGAUGCUGAGGCCUGUUUUAUUCUGAGCAGCCGUUGUGAAGUGGACAGAACAUCAUCUGAUCACCAAACAAUUUUAAGAGCAUGGGCUGUAAAAGAUUUUGCUCCAAAUUGUCCUUUGUAUGUCCAGAUCUUAAAGCCUGAAAAUAAAUUUCAUAUCAAAUUUGCUGAUCAUGUUGUUUGUGAAGAAGAGUUUAAAUACGCCAUGUUAGCUUUAAACUGUAUAUGCCCAGCAACAUCUACACUUAUUACACUACUGGUUCAUACCUCUAGAGGGCAAGAAGGCCAGCAGUCGCCAGAACAGUGGCAGAAAGUGUACGGCAGAUGCUCUGGGAAUGAAGUGUACCACAUCGUUCUGGAAGAAAGCACAUUUUUUGCUGAAUAUGAAGGAAAGAGCUUCACAUAUGCUUCUUUCCAUGCGCACAAAAAGUUUGGUGUCUGCUUGAUUGGUAUUAGGAGAGAAGAUAAUAAAAACAUUUUGCUGAAUCCAGGUCCUCGAUAUAUUAUGAAUGCCACAGAUACAUGUUUUUAUAUUAAUAUUACCAAAGAAGAGAAUUCAGCAUUUAAAAACCACGACCAUCAGAAAAAAAGCAAUGUACCAAGGUCAUUUUAUCACGGACCGUCUAGAUUGCCUGUACAUAGCAUAAUUGCCAGCAUGGGUACUGUGGCCAUAGACUUGCAAGACACAAGCUGCAGAUCUGCAAGUGGCCCUACCCUGUCUCUUCCUACAGAGGGAAGUAAAGAAGUCAGAAGACCCAGCAUUGCUCCCGUUUUAGAGGUUGCAGACACGUCAUCAAUUCAAACAUGUGAGCUUCUAAGUGACCAAUCAGAAGAUGAAACUACACCAGAUGAAGAAAUGUCCUCGAACUUGGAAUACGCUAAAGGCUACCCACCUUACUCUCCAUACAUAGGAAGUUCACCCACUUUUUGUCACCUCCUUCAUGAAAAAGUACCAUUUUGCUGCUUAAGACUAGACAAGAGUUGCCAGCAUAACUACUAUGAGGACGCAAAAGCCUAUGGAUUCAAAAAUAAGCUAAUUAUAGUUGCAGCUGAAACAGCUGGAAAUGGAUUGUAUAAUUUUAUUGUUCCUCUCAGGGCUUAUUAUAGACCAAAGAAAGAACUUAACCCCGUAAUACUGCUAUUGGAUAACCCGCCAGACAUGCACUUUCUGGAUGCCAUCUGUUGGUUUCCAAUGGUUUACUACAUGGUGGGCUCUAUUGACAACCUAGAUGAUUUACUCAGGUGUGGAGUGACUUUUGCUGCCAACAUGGUGGUCGUGGACAAAGAAAGCACCAUGAGCGCCGAGGAAGACUAUAUGGCGGAUGCCAAAACCAUCGUCAAUGUGCAGACCCUGUUCAGGUUGUUUUCCAGUCUCAGUAUUAUCACAGAGCUCACCCACCCAGCCAACAUGAGAUUCAUGCAAUUCAGAGCCAAAGACUGUUACUCUCUUGCUCUUUCAAAGCUGGAAAAGAAAGAAAGAGAACGAGGUUCUAACUUGGCCUUCAUAUUCCGACUGCCUUUUGCUGCUGGGAGGGUGUUCAGUAUCAGCAUGUUGGACACACUUCUCUAUCAGUCAUUUGUGAAGGACUAUAUGAUUUCUAUUACCAGACUUCUGUUGGGAUUGGAUACUACACCAGGAUCGGGGUUUCUUUGCUCUAUGAAGAUCACGGAGGAUGACUUAUGGAUCAGGACUUAUGCCAGACUUUAUCAGAAGUUAUGUUCUUCUACUGGAGACGUUCCCAUUGGGAUCUAUAGGACAGAAUCUCAAAAGCUUACUACAUCUGAGUCUCAGAUAUCCAUCAGUGUAGAAGAGUGGGAAGACACCAAAGAUGCUAAAGAGCAAGGUCACCACCGAAGUAACCACCGCAACUCCACAUCGAGCGACCAGUCGGACCACCCGCUGCUGAGGCGGAAGAGCAUGCAAUGGGCCCGCAGGCUGAGCAGGAAAGGCCCCAAACAUUCCAGUAGAACCGCGGAGAAAAUGACCCAGCAGCGCCUGAACCUCUACAGGAGGUCAGAAAGACAAGAGCUUGCUGAACUUGUGAAAAAUAGAAUGAAACACUUGGGUCUUUCUACAGUAGGCUAUGAUGAAAUGAAUGAUCAUCAAAAUACCCUCUCCUACAUCCUGAUAAACCCAUCUCCAGACACCAGACUGGAGCUGAAUGAUGUUGUAUACUUAAUCCGACCGGAUCCACUGGCUUACCUACCCAACAGGAGGGCGGGGGGACAGGGGCACGUGCGCCAUCUG